UAAUGAGCCACAUAGUAAUUUUUAGAUUCAGGCAACACUGUUUAUGAAAUCAGAAAUGCACUUUUAUUUGUUUGUUAGAUGUUUGUUAUAAAUAAAAUAAAUUAUCACUUAAAUUAUUAUUUUUAUGUUUUCUAUAUUGUAGCUUCAACUUUUAAUUCUUAUUUUUAAACAUAAAAAAAUCAAAUAUUAAAUUUUUAUUUUUAAAUAUUUUUUAUUAACCAUGUAGAUAGAUAUAUAGAUAAUUUAACUUAGUAAAAAAUUAUAUUUAAUUUGUUUUUAAUUUAAUUAAAAUAUUGGUUUAAAAUUCGAUUUUUUUUGA